AUGCCUCUACAACAACUUGUUCUUCACCCCACGGUCAACAAAUCAUUAAAGUAUGCUAGCACAACAGUUGGUAGAGAUAAGAUAUAUAGAACCGUUCAAUACUUUGCUCGGUUUCUUGUUUGGUAUUUUAAACGUCAAGGUUAUACCAAAGAAACAAUUCAGAGAUUUGCUAACUUAAAAAGUACAUUAGUUAUGAGACUUGGAAAACCCAUGGAACAUUUGCAAAAUGCAUCUAAAGCAUUCAAUGAAACAGAUGAAUUUGCAAAGUUUACAACAGUUGGUAGACAAUUAAGUUAUGCUGCUUAUCUUUCUUUUGACACGUUUGCUUGGGUUCAUGGUGUUGGCGUUUAUAAAUUCAAUCAAAUUCAAAAAAUAACCACUUAUGCUUAUAGAUUCUGGUUAAUUGGACUUUUGUUUUCUAUAUUAAAUGGUUUAUACAAAUUCCAUAACAACAAUCUUCGCAAAAGUUAUUUCGAACGAAUUAAUAAGUCAAAGGUUGCAGAAGGCAGUGAAAAUAUCAAACAAGAUAUUGCUAUUUUUAAAAGAGAGUAUAAGAACACUAUUAGACAACUCGUCCAAGAUUUACUUGAUAUUACAAUUCCUGCAACUGCUCUCAAAUAUAUUGAUCCCGGUGAUGGAUUUGUUGGAAUAGCUGGUUCCUAUUAUGACAUCCUUAAUGUUGAGACUACCGCUUCUGAAACUGAAAUAAAAAAGGCUUAUCGUAAGUUAGCAAUGAAAUAUCAUCCAGAUAAAAAUCCCGAUGAAAUAGCAGCUGAAAGGUUUAAAGAAAUCAGUCAUGCGUAUGAAACUUUGAGUGAUCCAAAAAGGAGGGAUUUAUACGAUCAAUAUGGCGAAGAUGGUUUAUCUGGCAAUUUUAAUGCUUCUAUGUCACCUGAAGAUUUAUUCGCAAAUUUAUUUGGAUUUAGUGGAAUGAGCGGUGGUGUUGGAGGUGGAGGUCCUCCUAGACAAAGACGAGGCGAAGAUAUUCUUAAACCCUUUGAUGUUACAUUAGAGGAUCUUUACAACGGUAAAACAGCCAAAAUUUCAAUACAGAAAGAUGUUGUCUGUCCGGUUUGUAAUGGUAAAGGCAGUAAAAACGGCCAGAAAAGGAAAUGCCAUAGCUGUGACGGACAAGGCUAUAAGAUUAUAAUGCGUCAAAUUGGCCCUAACAUGAUCCAGAGGAUAAAUUCUGGUUCUGGAGAAAUUCUUAGGGAAAAGGAUAAAUGUAAAAAAUGUAAAGGUGCUAAGAUUAUUGAAGAAAGGAAAAAAUUAGAGAUACAUAUUGAAAAGGGAAUGCAGAAUAAUCAAAAAAUUAUAAUGAAAGGCGAAGCUGAUCAAGAGCCUGGUAUUGAAACUGGAGAUAUCAUUCUUGUUCUUAAACAAAAACCACAUGACAAAUUUGAACGUCAAGGAAAUGAUUUACUUACAGAAGUUAAAAUAUCUAUUACUGAGGCUCUAUGUGGCUUUUCAAAAAUACUUGUUACACAUCUUGAUGGACGUGGUUUACUAGUGAACCAUCCUCCUGGCCAAGUCAUUAAGCCUGGUACCAUCCAAUGUAUACCAAACGAAGGAAUGCCUCAGUAUAAACGUCCUUAUGAUAAAGGCAACUUGUAUAUCAAAAUUUCAGUAGAAUUUCCAUCCUCUUUAUGGAUUUCACCUGAAAAAAUUAAGAAAGAUGAAACAACACAACCUGAAAUUGUUGACGAUGUUCAGUUAAUAGAUGGUGAUUUUAAUCAGUUUGGUGCCAAAAAAGAUAAAAGAUGUGCCCAACAAUAA